GAGGAGGAGGAGGAGGAGGUAGUGUUGUUGUUUCGUAUGAUCGACAGGGUGGCGGUGGUACCGUCGUUGAUGGUGAAUUUUGUUUCCUGUAGGUGGAUAGAAAAGAUUCUUUCAGCCUCUAUGCGGUACCAAUGGGCAUCCUCUUCCAUGUUUUCUGGACUUGUUUCAUAAGAAUCGUGUCAUCUCAUUAGUCAAAGAAACCUAAUGAAACAAUAUGCCAUAUUUGGGUACGAAAAUCACCAUUAUCACCAUUCACAAUUACCAAACCACGCGAUGAUCACUUGUUACAACUGAUAUUGAAUAAUUGGCUGGAGAAACAGGUUCAAACUAAGAUUUGAGAAGAGAACCUUCGCUGAUUGCACGAAAAUCAAGAGUAGAUUGUAAUGAGCAUCUAUUUUUAUAUUGUUUACCAUUUUUUCAUUCAUAAGUUGUUCCCUAAGGAUGUUAUGAUCAACUAAAACUGGAUAAACAGUUAAAAUGAACCUCACUUCACUUUGCUAAAGAAUAAUACUUCCAAACAUGACUUGUAAAUACAAGUGUACAAAUGCUACCAAUAAUAAAAACAUAAAGAAAUCACAAGUCAGUGUCAAAAACUCAAGCUUUAUGUCUCAAUGUUUUAAGACGUUUGCGAUGAGUUUAUUUAAACGAUCUGCCACCGAGUUUGCAAUAGCAACCUGAUUGUUAACACACUUUAUGUCAACUUUCAUCAGUUUACUGUGUACUUGUGUCCAUGGCUGUCAAUUUUUUUAACCUGUAAGGCAAGAAGCAAAAAGUCAGGCAAAAUGGAUGCCAUUUAAAAGAGACGUCCAGGAAUGGAUUAAGCUUAAAAUGUCCCUAAGAUGAACCCUUCAAGGUCAGACAAAAACUAGACGCCAAUAGGAAAAGAUGUUUUCAGCUUAAAACUAUAUUAGCUUGAAAGAUCAGGAUAGCAAAACUGGUCCAUUCAAUUAAAGGUUACACCAUUAUUAUUAUUAGUGAAAGUAUCGAUCCAUAAAAGCUAGAACAAUUGGCUUGCGCUGAUCUGCUGAAGUAUUUUGAUCCUAUCUUUUGUGGAGCAAAGCAAUUUUUUAUUGUUUACAUUUUUUAACAUUCUGUGAAUAUAUUUUCGCCAGCAAAGAUGACAUUGAUCCAAUCGAAUGAUUAUGACCACGAUUUCUUGUUAUCUCUGGAUGACCCAAUGCCACCGAUGCCAAAUGAAUAUCAUGAUUCAAUUACAACUCCAGUUUUAGUGACUGAACCCAAUGAGCGGCGGGAAUCUGCCAUUUUAACUGAUAAGCUACAGAAAUAUAAUUUAACUGUUAAUGUUUUUGAAGUGAAAUUGGUUACAAGUGAAGUGAACCAAAAUAAGGAAGGUAAAAUAUCAUUGAAUGAUACAAUUUCAUCUGUAAACUCGCCGAUUAUUCCAGUAUCAGCUACAGGAACAGCCUCUAAAGUCAAUUUAUCAGUCAAAAUUGAAAUCGAUGAACAGGUUGCAAAAACUGGUAGGAAAGCAGUAAAAUUAACAAACCUUGGAGAUCCAAUCGUAUUCAAUGAAACUUUCACUUUCACCUUUAAUACAGUUUUAUCACAAUUUCUUGAUAACAGCAUUUCAUUUCGUUUGCUCAAAACCGGUAAAUUGGUAAAGGGAACAAAAGUUCUUGGUAAAGUUGAUCUGGAUCUUAUCAGCUUAUACAAUGAACCUGGUAGAAAGGUUAAAGAAUCAUCGAUUCCUAUAUUUAAUGAAAUCUCAAGUGAACUUGUUGGCCACCUCAAAUGUGAUCUAAUCAUUGAUCUGCCCAAUGUUGAUAAAAAAGAGUCAUUAUUACCCAUAAUACGUCCAGUAACACCAAUAAGUCGACUAACUCACUUUGAUUCAAAUGCUCUCAAAACAGUGUCUCUCUCGGUAAACAUUUACUCAGGCGAGAUACCAGUGUCCAAAAUAAGAACCAGAGAUAAAAUAGUUUCCCGGAUAAGAUCCAAAAAGACAAGUGGACUUUGUGUAACCGUUAAAUUGGGUGAUUUGGAGGGAAGCACAAGUUCGGUGAAGCGUUUCACAACACCAACCUGGAAUGAAUGCAUCAAAUUUAAUACGAAAUUAAACUUAAAAAAACCUCCAAAUAUGACGAUUAAAGUACAAGACAAAUCAGGUUCAUUACUUUUCAAGCCACUUGUUCAGACAAUUGACCUGUCUAAAAUUUUUCUCAUUUCUGGUAAAUCUGGUUCCAUUUAUGGACCUAGUUAUCUGGUCGUUAAAGAAGUCCCCAAAGAUCCUGUUUUCGCUGACACCUGUGCUUCUGGGAGAAUAUUAAUUUCCAUAUCCUCAAAAGUGUCACCAUUAUCAGCAGCUUCAUCAUCUGUCACAAUCAACUCGAAAGGAUUUGAUCAAUCUAUUAACAACAGCAAUACUUCAACAGCAACUGAUGACCCAAGUAACAAGGAAAAUUCACAGUCAGAAAGAUUGGAGGAACCAACAGUAACCACUGGACCUAUUGAUGAUUUGCUUGGAAUGAUGCAUCCCAAAGAGGAUGAAUUUACCUUUCUUGGAGUUUUGUAUUCUUCUGACAAGAUUUCAAAAAAAUUUGAAAAUCGUAAACUAUCUUAUGAGGUUGAAAUUGGUCAUCAUAACAUGCACUUUGAUCGAUGUUCAUCUCCAAGCAUUCUUGAUUUAACAUCAAUCUCUGUCAUAGAUGGUGGAACAGAUGACAAAUCUUCACUGCCAGAAAGAUCAACACCAAUCAAAGGUUAUUCCGAACAAGACACAAACAAAUUUACUGAAACUUCUUCCAUACUGACAGCGAUUUCACGUUCCAGUGGAAAAUCUGAGCGUGGUUCAAUUUCUGAAGACAAACAAAGUCAAGUUGCUCCAGACAAAUCAACAAUUACGACUCCUCUAAAACCGGUGACAGGUGAAGAUGAUUACCUGUGUUUACCAUUGGGUAAAACAAGACCUUUACUUGGAAUUGAGCAGAUGAUUAUCGAUUUACGGCAUCGCACCUAUGUACAUAAUAUGAUUGUCCGGAUUCGAGAAGAACUUGAAUUUGGUUUAACUGAUGUCCGAGAAAUGGCUCUGGUUGAACAUCAAGACACAUGCCGCCGAUUUCGUGGAGUCUUGGAAGACUUAAUGGUUCAUUGUAAUAGAUUUUUGGCUCUCACAGUGACUCCAUCCAAAUAUCCUAAAAACGAGUUGGACAUUUUAUUUAUUAAAUACCGUCAACGAGAGCUGAUUAAACUAUCAAAUGAUGUUAAACAAACACUGAUUGCAUUGAACGAAACCAAUUUAUCAGAAUCUCUAUCGACUGUGACAAAUUACUUGGGAAAGAUUGAAGACUUGCUCGCUGAUCCACAAGACGGUUUCCCUGAUAUCAUGAUUUACCUUUUAGCUGAUAACAAACGAGUUGGAUAUUUACGUUUACCAGCUUCAGAAAUAAUAUUUUCUCGAUUAGAUAAUGAGCGCGGUCCAUCAGCUGGUAAAGUGGCAACCUAUUACAUUAGAUCAAUCAAACAUCCAGAGUUAAUUAUUAAUCGUAUCCAAUUAUAUACCUGGUUCGGUCUUAAGAGACACAAAAGGCAUUCAACAUCAGGUUUGCUUCCAGGUUACGAGGAGUCUUUGGCAUUGGUUUUCUUCCAGUCUUUAGAUGGUGCGUUGCCUCCACAUCUCAUUUAUCAAUAGGUCUAACAAAAUAUAAAUCAUGUAAUCAAAUAAUGUAAAUAGAUUGUAACAGUUUCUACUGAGAAAUCAUUUUGAUUACUUCAAAAUCGAUCAAACAAAAAUGGAUGUUAAUGUUUAAUAAAUUACCUUUAAAAUGA